AUGAUUGAAAACGUUGAAGCUGCUCACAAGGAAAUGAGCUCCAGACUGGUGAAAACGGGAUGCGCGACCGCGCUGAAGGGUGUUGAACUCCUUCGGGACCCCUUCAAAAAUAGGGGCCUCGAUUUCACUGAGAUGCAGCGCCGUGAGCACAAACUGACUGGCCUGCUGCCUGCAUUGGUGGACAGUGGAUCAGCCUUUCAGGAGCGCCUCAACAUGGCUCGUCUUCAGCGCAUUGCUGCGGACUUUGAUAAGUACGAGUAUCUGAUGCACCUCUAUGACUCUAAUCGUGGCCUCUUCUUCCGUCUCAUGAACCGCUAUACCGCCGAACUGAUGCCUCUUGUCUACACCCCCACUGUUGGCGCGGCCUGUCAGGAGUACUCUCUCGUCCAUCAAAAUGGAAGAGGCCUUUUCAUUCCCAUCACCGAGAGUGGCAACAUUCGCGAUUUGCUUCGCAACUGGCCCUACGUCGACAAGGUCAAGGUCAUUGUUGUUACCGAUGGAGAGCGAAUCCUUGGUCUUGGCGAUUUGGGUAGCUUUGGAAUGGGCAUUCCAGUGGGCAAACUGGCGCUCUGCACCGGUCUGGCUGGCGUUCCCUCCGAUUCACUUCUUCCUAUUGUCAUCGAUGUUGGCACCAACAACGAUAAGCUGCUUUCGAGUCCACUCUACUUUGGACUGCGUCAAAGACGCGUCACUGGAGAAGCCUAUGAUAGCUUCGUGGACGAGUUCUUACAGGCCUGUGUCGAUGUCUUCGGGAAGGAUGUGUUGAUUCAGUUUGAGGACUUUGGCAAUCACAACGCCUUCCGUUUCCUCAAGAAGUACCGCGAGAAGUACUGCACCUUCAAUGACGAUAUUCAGGGAACUGCUUCGGUGAUUCUCUCUGGCAUGCUCACAGCUUGUCGUGCGACGGGUCGUCGACUGAAGGAGGAGAAUAUUGUCUGUUUUGGUGCGGGCGAGUCGAUGAUCGGUUUCGCCAACCUCCUAGUCGAAUGUCUCAAGUCGCGCUCUGGUCUGAGUGAGGAGGAAGCUAAGAGUCACCUGUGGAUGGUUGACAGUCGUGGCCUCAUUGUGGAGGGUCGUUCUUCAGGUGGAAUUACCGCUGAGAAGGCGCCUUUUGCACGACCUGCUGGCUCCGUCCCGGAGAUCAAGGAUUUGAAGGAGAUAAUCGUUAAGGCUAAAGCGACGACGCUGAUCGGAGCUUCGGUAGUGCCGGGCGCCUUCAACGAUCAGGUGCUCACCGCCAUGGCAAAGCAGUGCUCUCAACCUCUCAUCUUUGCCCUCAGCAACCCUACACACAAGUCGGAGUGCACCGCUCUCGCUGCCUACAGGGCCACAAAGGCAUGUCACCACGGUAGCUGUAUCUUCGCCAGUGGCAGUCCCUUCGCUCCUCUGACUCUGGAUGCCAGUGAAGUGCCACCGAACAUGUCACUGUCGAGGAAACCGGGCCAAGCUAAUAACGCCUACAUCUUCCCGGGUCUCGUGUUGGGCAUCUCGUCCGCUAACAUUCAUCCAGUCACAGAGGAGGACUUUAUUGUCGCUGCAGAGGCUUUAUCGGAGAACGUGGACGAGGCGGACUUGUGUCAGGGUAGCCUCUACCCACCGUGGGACAAGAUACGCGGUGUCUCCCUCGCGAUUGCAAGACAGGUAGCACACCGUGCCUUCGCUCAGAAUCGCGUGUGGCUGAAACGCUGCGACGGACAGGAGGGUGGACUGCGCGAAGAGGAUAUCGACGCUGCCAUUCUCAAGAUGGCCAGCUAUCCCGAUCCCCCGUUGGUAGAGAAAUCGGCUUCCUGCUAG